GUUAAACGCUACUCGGAUAUGCUCUAGGCGGCUGGUUACUCCUCGUAUUGCCAGCCCGCGAUUUGCUAGUGGAAGAUCCAUAUGUACGUCAAAGGCAGUUUAAAAGAUAUAAACUAAAGCAGAUAUAUUCACACUUGUAUUUUUUGCUUUCAGGUGUACAACCUACACGUAUUAUUGGGACCCUUCCUAGAGAAUCGCCAUGGCUUAAACUCAAUAUAGGAGCUGUGCUUACUGCUGGUGUAGCGUCUAGUUCCAUGGCUUUUAAAAAGCCAAUUCUAUGUGAAGCUAUUCAGGAACCUACCAUACUCCCACAGCGCAAAAGCCCAUUAGUUAAUCAGACUGAAUUGACCUUUGGGACUGUCCUAGGAUUGUGUGCAGGAUUUUUAACAAAAAAGCUUGGAAAAUUGGCAGCAGGCUUGAUUGGAACCGGAUUUUUGUUCUUACAGUAUAUGGCAAGUAAAGGCUAUGUGAAUGUCAACUGGAAGAAAUUGGAUAGACAUUAUCGUCAAAGCCUUGAUACGGAUCGGGAUGGAAAAGUGACAGGCCGGGAUAUUUCGUCUCACUGGGACAAUUUCUCAAAGUUAUUAACUCACAACUUCCAAUUCAAAUCCACUUUUCUCGUUGGGUUUGCAAUCGGGUUUCGCUAUGGCUAAGAAGAAAAUAAAUACAAAAUAAAUACUGCAAUUAUUUUUCUUACGAUUCAACCUACCUCCUUUACUUCUUCCAUUAUUGGUUGAUUUAAGCAAACAGGAUUUUAGAGUAUACUAUAAAUGUAAUAUCAAUAAACUACUUAUUGCGAAUUCUUG